UUCAUCAUGUCAGUGCCGGUGUGUCGUGUUGCGGGUGAUGAUUUUCACCGGAAAAUCGUACUGGUGGCCCUAGUGCAGAUGCUAGUGUUCCAUCUAUUAGUGCAGCAAACAGAGGCGAACAUGUCGGAGCAUGAGUUCCGCUCGGCAAGAUCGCUUGCCAGCAGGCAGAUUGCAAAUCGACGGGAUACACGAUUUUUACCAAUAUUUACCGUGUACCAGUGGGGUCAGGGACUGUGUUCGGCCGCAUCCGGUGAGUAUGGAUCCUGUCAGCCCAACAACGAGUGCGUACUGCGCGGUGGCAUCCCGGCCGGACCCUGUGCCGGUGGGUAUGGGACGUGCUGUAUCUUUAUGGCAUCGUGUGGUGGUGUGGUGCGUGAAAAUGGUACCUACUUCGUCAACCCGAACCAUCCGGACAGUACCGAUGGGACCGGCAGCUGUCAGCUGACCAUCUUGAAGAUGCAUCCGGACAUAUGUCAGAUACGGCUUGACUUUGAUCACUUCUCGCUGAACGGGCCGGAGAUCGUGAAUCACAUCUGUAAUACGGAUCAGUUUCUUGUGUCCGGUGGGAGUCCUGCACCGACGAUCUGUGGCAGUGCUACGGGAGAACACAUGUACAUCGAUGCGGGAAUGGGUCAAAGCAACCCCAUCAUACUGACCGUCAUCACGAGCGGGCCAAGCUUCCCCCGUUCCUGGCGCGUUCGGAUAUCGCAGAUCCCGUGCGGUGCCAUUGCGAAAGCGGACCAGGGAUGUCUCCAGUAUCACACGGGCGUGAGUGGACGCGUGCGGAGCUUCAACUUCGAUCCAAUCAACGGACGUCAGCUGUCGAACCAGGACUACAGCAUAUGCAUCCGGACGGAGCGCAAUUUCUGCAGCAUCCAGUACACGGCCUGUCCGGGCGCGUUGCCCGGCAACCGGUCCCGAACGUUCACGCUGUCGGGCAACAGUAACAGCAUCGUGCAGGCGAUGGUUGGCGGCGGUACGCAGGGCACCCCGAACUCCUGCACGAACGACUGGCUGAUGGUGCCGUGUGCCAAGAUUGCGGACCGACUGCCGAUGGCCAGUACGUGCGAGGACAAGAUUUGCGGUGGCACCUUCAAUGCGGAAGUUAGCUCCGUUGAAAGGACGGUCGUCUCGACGAUACGUCCCUUCCGGUUGGCGUUCCACACCGACUCGAUCGAGGCGCCGACCGAUGUGGACAACCGGGGCUUCUGUCUCGAUUACGUACAGCAACCGUGCACCAGCAAUAAGUGA